GGCCGCCCGGGGCUGGCGGCGGGAGGCGGCGGGGGUCCAGGGCGGCGGGGCACCGCCGGCGCCCGGCGCAUGGCGGCGACGGGGAGCAUCACCACCCUGCCGGCGCUGCCCGACGACGGGGGCAGUGGCGCCUUUCCCCCCGGGCACUUCAAGGACCCCAAACGGCUUUACUGCAAGAACGGCGGCUUUUUCCUGCGCAUCAAUCCCGACGGCCGGGUGGACGGCGUCCGGGAGAAGAGCGACCCUCACAUCAAGCUACAACUUCAGGCAGAAGAACGAGGAGUGGUGUCAAUCAAAGGCGUAAGUGCAAAUCGUUUUCUGGCUAUGAAGGAGGAUGGCAGAUUGCUGGCCUUGAAAUGUGCAACAGAAGAAUGUUUCUUUUUUGAGCGUCUGGAAUCUAAUAAUUAUAACACUUACCGAUCCCGGAAAUACUCUGAUUGGUACGUGGCACUGAAAAGAACUGGGCAGUACAAACCUGGACCAAAAACUGGACCUGGACAGAAAGCUAUUCUUUUCCUUCCUAUGUCAGCUAAAAGCUGAUUUCCAUGGCAGAUUCUGAGCACACACAACACAUUACAUGGAAGAUGUCAAAUUUCCUGGUCCUCUCUGAAAUAGCAAAACCAUAAGCAAUUAUUUGCUGAAAUUCACUACUUUUGCAAGUACCAGAUUAAACCAUGUUUCCUCCUGUCUUACAUUGCUCUUUAAACCAUUUGUGCCAGUGUG